AUCUCUUCGUGAUGUUCUUAAAGGGUCAAGACCAGGUUUCGACCAUUUGCCAUUUGGGGGUAAGCCGAUUCUUUUUGGAGGUGAUUUCAGGCAAAUUCUUCCUGUUGUCCCAAACGGAAGCGUCGCUGACAUUGUUGAAGCUUCAUUGACAAGUUCAUAUCUUUGGCCCUAUUUAACUAUAUUCUUUUUGAAGCAAAAUAUGAGACUUUCAAAGACAGGUUUGGACGAAAGGGAAAAACAAGAACUUGCUCAUUUUGCAAAGUGGAUAUUAGACAUUGGCAAUGGUACUGUUGUCGAAUCUUUAUCUUCAACUGAUGAAGAAAGCUGUUGGGUUCAGAUACCCGAACAAUUCCUUAUUCGUUUUGAUGAAGAUCCCAUCAAAGCCAUGGUUUCAGCUGUGUAUACGGAUUUCAUGACAAAUUUUCAAGAUGUCCCGUAUUUGAAAGAGAGAGCUAUUGUGACACCACGUAAUGAUACAGCUGCUGGAAUAAAUGAUUUUCUGUUGGGUAUGGUACCCGGUGAAAGUCGUACCUAUCUCAGUUUUGAUUCAGUGUCUUCUUCAACAGAAAAUUUAGAGAAUUUAGACGUGCUUUAUCCAACAGAAUUUCUAAACCAACUUGAUUUACCUGGUUUGCCGCAUCACAAGUUGGUUUUGAAAGUUGGCACCCCAGUGAUGUUGAUCAGGAAUUUAAACCAAAGUGUUGGGUUGUGUAACGGAACACGAUUGGUUGUGAUCCAAUUAAACGACAGAAUUAUACAAGCAAAAAUCAUUACAGGAAGCAACAUUGGUGAAAAAGUUUUUAUCCCCAGGAUAAUUACUGAAUCAUCUCAGCACAAAUUUCCCUUUAUCUUGCGAAGGCGACAGUUCCCUCUAAAAAUUUGUUAUGCGAUGACAAUCAACAAAAGUCAAGGACAAUCCUUGAAAAUUGUCGGUUUGUAUCUAUCCCAACCUGUUUUUUCUCAUGGGCAACUAUAUGUUGCGGUGUCUAGAGUCACCUCAAAAAAAGGUCUCAAAAUUGUUAUCACUCAUGAUUCCGACAUGCCUUACGGCUAUACAAAAAAACAUAGUUUAUAA